CUCACCCAGAUGGUAAAGUCACACCAUAAAAUUCCUCAAUUUUGUAAUAAAAAAAGUUCGUACUCAAUUAGUAGUCCGGUCGGUAAUUCCCCCAACUGUCAAAGCAGCUGGAAAAGGGAGACAAGAAAUCCGGUGCAGUAAUUUCGCUGACGGCGCUUUUCUUUUAGCUGAACUCGGUUAAUGAAUUUGUCACGGUGAAAAAAAACGUAAAACUGAAUUUGAUAUCCACAAGUUACACAAAGGAGAAGUGGCUAAUGUUGAAAGGCUCGACGUGUAGGAUUAUACUAAAAUGGCCUGGGUUGCCCGGAGGAUCAUUUGGACGUAAAAAGUUUGUGAACGUUUGUUUCUAGUUUUCUGUUAACGAUACAAGAUUAAUGGCGUGGGAAGUUUUAUUAAUUGACAACAGUUUUUUAUUACAGAAUCAAUAUUCAUUGUGAAUUGGAAUACUUUAUCAUUCAUUAUUUUGAAAUUUGAAGCUUUUAAUUCUUCACUUCGAUAUUUUAAUCAUCAAAUUAAUCUGGCCCUAAUUUUAUUGCUUUAGCAUCAUUGAUUUAUUUAAAUCCUUCAUCUUUUUGUCCAUUAAUUCGACUCGAUUAAAAUCAUAAAUGAGAUUAGAUUAUCCUAAAAUAUUCUGUGAAAUGAUGUCAUUAAUAUUAUGAUAGUUCAGUACAGGUAUAAUUAUUCGUACCUAUAUAUUGGUGAAGAAUUGACUGAUUGAGUAAGUACCAAAACUACCAUCCUACAACUAACAUAACAACUGAAUAUCCAGUAACUAUUUGACUCUAUUUCAUAGUCUUACAAAAGCAUAUUCUACUAAUAAUGUAUUCGAAGCCACAAACAACUCAAAAACCUGCUCCCCAGCAGAGGCCAGUCACAAUCCAAAAACCUGCUCCACAGCAGAGGCCAGUCACAAUCCAAAAACCUGCCCCUCAGCCGAAGCCAGCCACAAUCCAGGAGUACAUCAUCCGUGUCCCUAAAGACGUCCCCAGAACCCACCACGUGAUGCGCUUCAACGGCAACCUCGACGUAAACUUCGACAAAUGGACGAAGGUCAAAAUGGAGCGUGAGAACAACAUGAAGGAAUACAAAACCGUCGAUGACGACGAACCCAAGUUCGGCGCCGGCUCCGUCUUCGGCAAAGAAGCCAGAGAGGAAGCCAGACGCAAAAAGCUGGGUAUCAUUGCCAAAAAAUACAACGCGGACAACCAGCCGUGGAUUUUAAAGACCACCGCUGCUGACGGCGCCUCCGUUAAGAAGUUUAAGGGUAUCCGUGAGGGUGGUGUGGCGGCUAACACGGCGUACUACGUGUUCACGCACGCCGCCGACGGUUCCAUCGAGGCGUUCCCCUUACGUGAGUGGUACAAAUUCCAACCCAUACAAAGAUAUAAGGCUUUGUCUGCCGAGGAAGCCGAGGAGGAGUUCAACAAGCGCAGCAAGCAUCUGAAUUACUUCUCGCUUAUGUUGAAGAAGCGCCUCAAGGGAGACGAGGCGAUUGAGGAAGAAGGCGAAGAGGCAACAACCAAGAAAGGGUCGUCCAAGAAAGAUAAACAACUGAAAAUAUCUGAGAUGGAUGAGUGGAUGGAGAGCUCAGAUGAUGACGACUCCGAUGAUGAGGAGAAGAAAGAAGGGGAUGACGAGGACGAAGGCAAGAAGAAGAACAAGAAAGCUGACCCGAAGAAGAAUAAAAAGAAGCGUGACACUGAUGUGGAGGCGUUUGAAGAUUCAGAUGACGGUGAUGAAGAAGGUAGAGAACUAGAUUAUAUUAGUGACAGCAGUGAGAGUGAGCCGGAAGACACAAAUUUAGAAAGUGUGGCUGAGGAGAAAGCUCUGAAAAAGCUACUUAAUUCAGAUGACGAGUCUGACUCAGAUGAUUCUGAUAAAUCUGACAAGGAGAGCAAUGAAGAUGAGAACAACAAAGAGAACAAAGACAAUGAUGAAAAGAAGGAUGAGAAGGAUAAUAAAAAUAAGAAGAACAAGAAGAAGGUGAAAAAAGUAGAAAAGAAGGGUACUAAAGAAGAGGAUGAUGAUAUAUUUAGCUCAGAUAGUAGCUCAGAUGAGGAUGAUAAGAAAAAAUCAAAUAAAAAGGACAAAAAAGAGAAAAAGGCUGAGAAUGGCAAAAAGGUAGAUAGUAACAAGAAAGGAACAAAAGCAGAGAAAGGUACCAAAGAGAGUGGAGCAGGAAAUUCAUCAGUUACACCUACUGACAAUAAGAGAAAGCUCAUAAAUGACGCUUUAGCAGCACCGGCUGCGAAGAAACCAAAAUUGGAGCCUAUAGUUGAUCUCCCUCAAUCAGGCAUAACUGAAGAUGCUGUGAAGAAAUAUUUAAUACGUAAGCCAAUGACCACAACAGAAUUAUUACAGAAGUUCAAGUCCAAGAAGACUGGUUUGUCUAGUCAGCAAUUGGUCAAUGUAAUGACUCUGAUCUUGAAGAGAGUCAAUCCUCAAAAGCAAAUGUUGAAUGGAAAAAUGUAUUUGUCUAUUAAACCUUAA